UACGACUCUAACAAGAUUUUCCAAGACUGCAUUUAUUUUGUCGGAUCUAGUGGUCAAAGUGCAGCAUCUUUUUUGUAUUAUUAUUUUUUUAGAGGAAAAAUCUCUUUUACAGGUUCUGAGCACAUUCUAGAUGAAUGGUGUAGGUUGUGGAGAAGGUGGACCGAUAUAAUUCACAUAAUCAUUCAAUUAUGAUAUAUUAUUAUUAUUAUUAUUGUUAUUAUUAUUAUUGACGCAUACCGAGUACUCAUUUUUUUUUUUUUUUUUUAAUUUAAUUUUUACGGGAGCAUUAAGAAGGGAACCCGCUUCUUAAAUUCUUCCGUCCUUCUUUUCAUUUUUAUUUUUCUCCAUAAAUAUUUCAAUCAAUUUUUAAGUUUCCAUCCAUUUGUAGGGCUUAGCUUCUUCGAUCAAUUAGAUGAGUUCUCCCAUGGCUGAAAUGUUGAACUCCCAGCAACAAAAUGGAACAUCAAUCAAACUGAAACUGAAACUGAAACUGAAACUGAAACUGAAACUGAUCUCAGAAUGUUUUGUUAAACCAAAGUACGAACUCGAAGCUGCAAAACAAAAUUACCAUUUGUCACCCGGUGACGUAGGCAUGAUAUCCAUUGAUCCGAUACAAAAAGGCCUUCUUUAUCACCUCAAUGUUCGUAACCGACCCGAGAUUAUAUCUGGUCUAUUGGAAAAACUCAAACACUCUCUCUCGAUUGCCCUCAUUCAUUUCUACCCGUUAGCCGGCCGAUUUGUGACAGAAAAGUACCCCGACGAGCACGCUUGUUCGAUUUACAUCGAUUGCAACAAGGGCCCUGGAGCACGCCUAACCCACGUGACCGCCCUAGACGUUGCAAUUUCUGAUAUUCUCUCCUCCACCGACGUUCCGCCGAUUGUUCGAUCUUUCUUCGAGCUUGGUGAAACGAUGAUUAAUUAUGAUGGUCAUACGAGGGCACUUGUGUCUAUUCAGGUAACGGAAUUACUAGAUGGUGUGUUCAUUGGGUUUACUAUGAACCAUAGUGUGGUUGAUGGUACUUCCUUUUUACAUUUUGUAAGCGUGUUAUCUGAAAUAGUUAGAUCUGAGACUGAGGAUAACACUAUUACAAAAAUUUCACGUGUUCCGAUAUUUGAUUAUACGCCAUGGUUAAAUGAAGGUGAUAGUAAGUUACAUAAGUUGCCCUAUUUAGAGCCGGAGGAAUUCAUACAACAAGGGUAUGACCCCGGUCUAUUAAGGGAGUGUAUCUUUCACUUCUCAACUACGUCGUUGGCAACUCUCAAGGCAAAGGCUAACCAAGAAUGUGGAAGUACGAGUAAUGAGUAUGUUAUAUCCUCGUUCCAAGCCUUAUCUGCUCUUUUGUGGCGAGCCAUCACUCGAGCUCGAAAUCUAUCAUCCGACCAGCCAACCACUUGUUCCAUCUUGGUUAACGCCAGGACUAGGUUUGAUCCACCUGUAUCCGAUGACCACUUUGGGGAUUUCAUUAGCGCGGCCCAAUGGGGUUGCAAGGUAGAUCAGUUGUUGGGCAAUGAUUUGGGUUGGGCUGCGAUGAAUUUGCGCAAGGAAAUCAUCAAACAAGAUGGGAAAGCUAUACUUGGUUUAUACGAGUUUCUUGUUAAAACCCCGAUGGUAUUUCAGCGUGGUGGUGCCGGCCCAGAUUUUCAUGGUCCGAACAAAGUGGUCAUAGGAGGGUCAUCCAGGUUUGAUAUGUAUGGGCCUGAUUUUGGGUUGGGCCGUGCUUUGGCUGUUCGCAUGGGUUUCGCAAAUAAGGAAGAUGGGAAGGUCACUGCAAACCCGGGUAGCGAAGGGAAAGGGAGUGUAGAUUUGGAACUUUGCCUAAGACCUCAUCUUAUGGCUGCCCUUGAAGCUGACAUGGAGUUCAUGACUUAUGUGUCAUUGCACUAAGAAUUUAAUAUUUAAUUACCUCGGGCGUACAAUAAAUAUUGUAAGACUAUUGUUUAUAAAAAUUUUAAUUUAUUAUUUA